UGCUGCGUCCAAAAUGGCGUCGUUACUGGGGGAGAAGCUGUUUGAAAUUUCUGGCCAGGGCCCAGCACCCUCUAAAGACUUUUACAAUUUUGUGAUUACCAGAAAUGAGGUCAUUUUGAAUAUGUGGACCAUCUCUUUGCGACGUGAAAAUAAAUUUCGUCCUCCAAAAAUGCAGAAAUCAACUUUUCCUCAUUUUCUACUGGACAAAGAACUUCAGGAUGAGGUUAGCCGUGUUUUUGGUGAGAAGAUCCUGGACUAUUCGCUGUCACUGUGUCAGGGAAACUACGACUAUCUUGAUCGCUUGCAGGAUGACUUGCUACUCAAAAUCAUCUCCUUCCUGCAGCUGAAAGAUAGAUUUGUGUUGGCACAGCUUUCCAAAAGAUUCAAAAUGCUCUGCAACUCUGAAAAGUUUUGGGAACUGAUUGUGAAGAACGACUGUCCUAAUUACAACCCUGAACUGGAGGACUUGGCAAAAGCCAUGGGAUGGAAGAUUACCUAUUUUACCUUCUUUCAUGAUGGCACCAACUAUAAUGACAACAGCAAUGACACCACCAGCAAUGACACCAAAAAGCAGUAAAAAUGAACAGCAACACAA